AUGAGUAGCCAAGACGAUAUCCGUGCUAAGCGAUUGGCUCGUUUGGCGGCGCUCCAGCAGUCGUCCCAGCAAGAUCAAACAACCAGAUCUGAAAGUCCCAAAGCAGAUCCACCAAAGAAGCAGCCAGAACCGGUCAAAAAGGCCCCAGAACAGCCAAAGCCUUCUCCUGUUCAGAAGAGGGCUGCGGAGGAGCCGCUGGCUGCUGCAAAACCGCAGAAACAGACUCCUCCUGUGGAAUCUACAUUGCUGACUCCAGAGUUGGUGGAUAAAUGGCUUCGAGCUGAAAUCCCUAGAAUGUUUGGGGUCGACCUUAACAAGCUUUCUGAUUUGGGCUCCUCGGGCCAGCUUUCUGCUGAAUCCAUCGAGGAUGUCUUUGUGGAGAUUUUGACUGACAUGGGUACCCCAAGCUCCACUUUGCCUAUAGUGUACCUUCACGACGUAUACAAGAAGUCGUUUCAGUUGAAACGUAUUUUGCCCAAGAAAGAUAAGAUUUACGAGCAGAAAUUGGCCAUCGUCAGCACUAUAGUCAACUUCUGUGCCUCGUAUGGUCUUAUCUGCUUCCAGAUCCCAGAAAUGGUCCUCAACAACGACAUAGAAAAGUCCAUCGACACCUUCAUCGACCGCAGCGACAUGAGCCCCUUCUUGGUCGAUAUCAUUCAUAAGUCCAUCGAGCUGGACUACCUUUUGGACUUGAUGAGCUUGCUUUUGCCUACAAUCAGUGCCAAGUUACAUGGUCUCAAUCUCCAGAGACCUGAAUACAGCAAGUACCUUUCUAUUUGGGAGAACUUGGUUUCUGUCAAGCCUGUGGCUGCAAUCUUCUCUCAAGUCGAUGGGUUUGCCCCUCCAGAUCCGACUAAAGGUCUAGAUUUCGAACACAAAACAUUGUUGGGUUCUUUCUUGAGACUAUCUCCUCUUGCCGGUGAAGUGGCUGCCUUCUAUUUUGCUGGCGGCUCCAAAUCAGAUGCUCUGCUUGAGCUCUCCCCAGCUCAGUUACUUCCGCUAUUCUCCUCUGCUCAAAAUGAAAUGAAGGUGGUUUUCGACAGAAUCUGGUUCAUCAUGGAUAAGCUUAUCCGUGGAUCGCCUCGGACAAGACAGGAUAUCAUGAAGUGGUUUGCCGACUUGGUGAAUGUGUCACACUUGAGAACUGGUUCUCAUGCUAAAGCUAACAAGUUGCCUAGUGACGGAUUCAUGUUCAACAUCUCCUAUCUCUUGAUCCGUCUCAGUAUGCCAUUCUUGGACUACCCCAUGUUUUCUAAACUUGACAAGAUUGAUCCUGACUAUUUUGGUCCAAAAAACAAGUUGUUGAAUGUCAAGGAGGAUGCCAGAAUGUAUGCGUCCAGCUCGGAAGCUGAUGAGUACUACAGUGACGCCAUGGAGACAGAAACUAACUUCAUCUCAGACUGCUUCUACUUGGCUUUGACCUACAUGGAAUACGGUAUCGGUGGUAUGAUCACUCAACAUGGAAGAUUGAAGAAUGAGUUGAAGAGGUCGACCGAGAUGCUUGCAAGAAUGCAACGUGAUCCUGCUGCCAGAGGCAUGUUGCCACGUAUUACCGAAUUUGUCAACACCUCUCGUUGCAGAGUGUAUGCGAUUGAUGCUGUGUCUCUCGAUCAAAAUGUCAACCUGGAGAUCUUUGACUUUGUCAUUGGUGCUUCCCAAUUCAUGGCUCGUACCAUCGACCCACAACACAAGCACCCCUUCCCCAGACUUGAGGUUCCCAUUUUCCAAAUUGAAAGAGUCAGUCAAUUGGAUGACCAUGACUUUUUGAAGACCAAAACGCCCGUGCCAUGGAAAUACUUCCCUGAGUACAUGUUGCUGGGCCUAAUCAACUACUGCAAGUUUAUCAGCAGAUACGGCUCGAACGCAUUAAUGACCAACGAAGAGAAGCUCUCUGUAUUUGUUGAAUUUGCUACAAUCUUGUUGAGAUGUCCCGAGCUCAUUGGUAACCCACAUAUGAAGGGAAGUAUCGUUGAGAUCUUCUUUGGUGGAUCGCUUCCAAUGAGAAACGGGUCUCCAGGAUAUAUGGCCAGCAUUUUCAACACAAACAAGUUGGUUUUGAACAACCUUCUUUACUCGCUUUUGGACAUCUACGUGAUGAUCGAGAAGACUGGUGCUUCCUCGCAAUUCUACGAUAAGUUCAACAGCAGAUUCUACAUCUCGAUGAUUAUAGAAGAGUUGUGGCAGAAUGAUCACUACAGGAAACAAUUGACAGACUACCUGAGGCAUAAUGUUGAGUUUUUCAUCCGUUUCAUUGCACGUAUGUUGAACGAUACGACAUUCUUGAUCGACGAGGCCUUCAACUCGCUUAACUCCAUUCACAACUUGCAAGUCGAGUUGAAUGCCAGAGAAGCUGGAAGUGAAGGAAACACCGAUGAGUUUGGUACCACUGAGGAACUCGAAGGAAACUUGCUGACGGAGGAAUCUAAAGCUAAAUCGUACAUGGGUUUGGCAAAUCAAACCAUGAAGUUAUUCAAGCUUUUUACAAAGCAGGUGCCUGAGGGUUUCACCAUCGGUGAGCUCGUGGACCGUCUUGCCGGUAUGAUGGACUACAACUUGUCGCUCUUGGUGGGUCCAAAAUGUUCCAGCUUGAAGGUGAAGGAGCCCGAGAAGUAUGACUUUGAUCCUAAGAAGACCUUGGCUGACAUUUGCGAAGUCUACGCAAACUUGAGUGGAGAAAGCAAGUUCAAACAGGCUGUGGCCAGGGACGGCAGAUCCUUCGAUGUCAAGUGGUUCGAAAAGGCCAAGAACAUCUUGACCACCAAAACCACAGUUGACGAUGCGCUAAUCCGAGACUUUUACCUGUUUGGUCUUGCGGCAGAGCAGGAGAGAGUCGCCUACGAACAGGAAGAAAUGGAGUUGGGCGAAGUACCAGAAGAGUUGUUAGAUCCAUUGAUGUUCACCUUGAUGGAGGAUCCUGUGAUCUUGCCAGGAUCCAGAGUCACCAUGGACCGGUCUACCGUCAAGGCACAUCUAUUGAGUGACCCAACCGAUCCAUUCAACAGAAUGCCCCUCAAGCUCGAAGACGUCAUUGACGAUGUCGAGAUGCGGGAAAAAGUGGCCCAGUUCAAGCAGGGCAAGAGGCCCGCCUAA